AAUCAAAGCAACAUGAACACAGUUUACUUCCUUAUCUUUGUUUGUUGUAUCGGGGCAGAAAACAUUGGGCAACCAACCAGUUUACAAUUUUCUAAACUUGGAGAUAAUGUCACAAUUGAGUGCUACUUACCAGAAAAAGACUUUAAUAACAUGGUGUGGUAUAAGCAGGAGUUGGAGAAGACACCCCAACUUAUAUCAAGAUGUUACAAUUACAAGAGACAAGCUACAUUUUUUGAUGGAUAUAAUGAUGGUCGUUUUAAUGUUACAACAGACAAAGGAAUUUUUCAUUUACACAUUUCAAUGACAAAGAAUGAGGAUAUAGCAACAUACUUUUGUGGAUUGAUAACAUUAGGUGAGCUGCAAUUUGAACCUGGAACAUUUUUGAUGCUUCAAGGAGAGCACACCAAUACAACAGUUCUUCAGGAGCUCAUUUCAGACGAAGUUCAUCUUGGAGACAAAGUCACCUUCAUGUGCAGAGUAAAAAUAGUACACGAGAAAUGUUCAGGAGGAUACAACGCAUUUUGGAUCAGAAAGGGCUCAGAAGAAUCUCAUCCCAGUAUCAUUUACACUGAUAUAGUGAAGCAGUGUGAAGAGAGCUCUGACAAUGGUUCUACUACAAAGAGUUGUAUUUACAACCUGAUAAAAACGAACCUAAGCAUAACUGAUGCUGGCACGUACUACUGUGCUGUAUCUGCAUGUAACAAGAUAAUGUUUGGAAAUGGGACUACACUGGAAUUCAACACACAAACAGAUAGCAGCUUCACAGCAGCAUUGUUGAAUCCAGUGUUUCUUACACUGGUCUCAUCAAACAUCAUUUCUCUGAUAAUAAUGAUCUCACUUGUGGCUGUGAAAUGCAAACACCAAAACGUCUCAUCAGGUAUCAUAUUUAAAAGUUCUCAAAAUAUUUUGAAUCAGAUUCCUAGUUUUAUCUGCAAGUCUACAAACAUCUGUGUGAAUGUUCAUAUGUUGUCUCAGUUUGUGUCAACAGAUCUGAUCAAAAUACAUCUGAAGGUACUCAGGUUGGAGACACAGAAACCUUGACAUACACAUCUGUGAGUUUCACCAAUAAACCAUGGCCCUCUUGAGGUGCUGAACAACAAGACAUUUCCAAAC